UCCACAGAAAAUUUCGCAUAAUAAGCUUGUCAAAAAGUCGGUUUUUAAAUCCAAGUUGAAACACUUAAAAUCACUGUGCAAAAUUCUCAUUGGUUUUGAAGGUUGAGCUAUAAAAGAUCAUGUUUCUGGAUGCUUUUGGAUUCCCCAAGGAGGUGACUCCGGAAAACCUGAACACCUAUUCCUACGAUCUGCAUGGAACUAAGCUGCUGACAUCGGCGGACUCGGAGUUUUAUCUACCGCCGAAAUGGCAUGGCACCAUUUACAGUACCGAGGAGCUGCUGCAUACCUAUAGAAAGCGAUUCAACCCGGACCCCACUCUGCUGACCUUCCAUGCCCUGCAGCCCUACGAGCCCGAGUUCAUCUGCUGCGAGAGGGCUGUGGUGGAGCUGACUGCCCUGCCGGCCGGUCAAAGUCUCUACAGCGAUAAGGAAAUCGUGGUGUUUCUGGUCAAGCAGCCGGCCGAGGAGAGGAACACUCUCAUCACAAAGGAACUGGGCACCAUGCUGGACUUCUUCCCGCACAAUCAUCACUAUCAUGCCAGGAUCAUGGACGAGGGCAUCGAUGUGGUCUAUGUGGACGAUACGAUCUACCAUACUGGGCCGCCCACCAGCUAUCACCAUCAGCGUCUGUACAAUUUGCUCAGAAACAUCCAGCCGGGUGCCGUGCUGAGCCUUUCGGGGAGUCCUCUGCCCGAUGUCCUGCGCAGUGUCUGCAGAAAACCAGCCCAGAAGUCCAAGGAGCACCACUGAGCAGCUCCCUCUCCGCACCCGAGCAUUAUAGUCCGGU